AUGGCGGUCGAGCCUGAGCAAGCAGAAGCACCGAAUGUUGAGACGAAUAAGUUAUCUUUGUCAUUGUUUCGAAGGCCCGACAAGUUUAAAAUUGGCGAAGACUUUGAUUUGUUCAUCAAGAAAUGUAAUCUGUACUUCGAAGCAGUGGAACUUGAAGAUGUUAAAAAGCGACGAUUUGCGCUGUUGUUUAAUUUGAGCGAAGACGCGUUUCGUUUGGCAGAACCGGUUGAGUUUGGCGAAGGGGAAAACGCGUACAAAGAUUGGAUUGGAAAGUUGAAGUCCUUAUUUGAAAGGAAUCAGACUGCUACGGAGAAACGUUACAAUUUUCAUCGUCGAGAACAGGAGCCUGGUGAGUCUGUUGAUUCGUUUGCUGUUUCUUUGCGAGAAGCUGGAGCUAGAUGUGGUUUCCAUGGUGACGAAUAUUCUAGCAGGUUGGUUGAUCAAUUUAUUUUGGGGUUGAGAGAUAAGGCCACCCAAAACAAGUUGUUACAAGAGCCACCAAACAGUUUAAAUGAUGCCUUGUUAAUUGCUCGAAGAUUUGAGGCAGCAAAUGCCACAAUGAAAACAUUAGCCAGAGAAGCAACAGAAAAAUUAAGUAGAACAACAAUUGGCUCAGUUAGUUCUUUGAAUGCUGUUAAAACAUGUUAUUCGUGUAAUGGAUUUGGUCAUGUGUCCAGACAGUGCCCUACUAUGAACAACUUCAGGCAAAAUAAUACUGCACGUCCACAAACUAAGUUAUGUUAUUCAUGUCAAAAGCCAGGACAUUUGGCAAAAUACUGCCCCUUGGCUAAUCAACAACCAGUUAAUACUAAGCUCCAAGGUUAUGAUAAGAAUUGGCAAAUGGAUAGACACGUGACCAUUUGCUAUCGUUGUGGGAAUAGUGGCCAUAUUGCAAAGUUCUUAAUGCCAAGUUGGAGGGAGGUCUGGGUUCUAGUAGAGAUGGUGAAAGCCCCAAGAAAAAAUAUUCAAAAAUCAGACUGUCUACCGUUUCUUCAGCGAGUAAGAAGAAAACCCUUAUGGUCGAGACUACUAUUAAUGGGAAAAACAAACUUUGUAUAGUUGACACCGGCGCAUCCAUUUCAUUAGUUAGUAAAGACCGGUGGCAACCUCUUAAACUGGAUGAUACCCCAUUAUUUCCAUCCGAUAUUGUUGCAGAAGCCGCUAACAAUUCUCCCAUUGGGAUUCUGGGCAAAACCACCUUGAAUGUACAAUUUGAUGAAAACAACAAGUCAUCUCAUGACUUUUAUGUGGCUAAUGAAAUGGUGUCUGAAAUUAUUCUGGGUUUAGAUUGUUUAGUAACUAACAAAGUAAAUGUCGAUAUGGCUGAAAUGGUUUUGAAAUUCCCAGAUGGUACCACAAAACCCUUGUGUUUAUUUGAUUCAACCAUAGCAGAUACCCUGGGCGUUGUUCUAGAUGAGGAUUUGGUUGUUCCGGCGAAACAUGAAGUUUUCAAAACUGCCAGGGUCCGAAAUCCCACUUUAAAUGAAAGCAUCUUAGAGCCUAAUAUGAACUUAUCCGGGAAAGGUGUUCUUGUAGCAAGAGUUAUUGUACAGCCAAAAGAACAGAGGGUACCCAUCCAGAUUAUUAAUCCAGGGACAUCACCUAUUAAGUUGUGCAAGGGCAUGACUGUUGGGCAACUUCAGCAAGUUGGUGAUGAGUUAAGAGACCCAACAUUUAUUAAUUCAAAGUGCGGUACACCAUCUGCCGAGGAUAAGAUCAAAUUUGAGUUAGAGCAUCUGUCGGGUGAGGAGCGAGAGAAGAUGGAGAAUUUGUUGAAUAAAUACCAAGAUGUUUUCGCGAAAAAUUCUAGUGAACUUGGCGUAACCACACUAGCAGAGCAUAAGAUUGAGACAGGCGAUGCCGUACCUGUUAAACAGCUGCCUCGAAGACUGCCCAAUUCUCUGAGAACCGUUGUUGAAGACCAAGUAGAAGAAAUGUUGGAAAACAACAUAAUUAAGCCGAGUAAUUCACCAUGGUCAAGUCCUAUAGUCUUAGUUCGAAAGAAAGAUGGGACAUGGCGUUUUUGUAUUGAUUUCAGGAAACUAAAUGAUGUCACAGUGAAAGAUGCUUUCCCACUUCCCUAGGUUGCUGAUUUGAUGGAUAACUUAGCUGGUCAUCAGUAUUUUUCGACACUCGACCUAGCCUCGGGAUAUUGGCAGGUUCCAGUUGACGAAUCUAGUCUGGAGAAAACAGCUUUCGUGAUUCCAGGGGGUGGUCACUUUGAAUUCCUGCGUAUGCCCUUUGGCCUAACGAAUGCUGUGCCCACGUUCCAGCGACUUAUGCUUGCUGUGUUGAAUGGUCUUUUGCCACUCAAGAGUCUGGUUUACUUAGAUGAUCUUUUGGUCGUGGGUCGCACGUUUGACCAACAUUUGGAGAAUUUGGACGAUGUCUUGCAGGCUAUAGACAGAGCUGGAUUGAGACUUAAGUUGUCCAAGUGUAGUUUUGCGAAGCCAAGUGUGGAUUUCUUGGGUUUUACCGUUUCUGCUGCUGGUCUGGCCCCAAAUGUGACCAAAGUUGGAGCAAUCCGUGCUUUUCCUACCCCACAAAAUCUCACUGAGUUGCGACGUUUCCUGGGUAUGGCCUCUUACUACAGGCGUUUUAUUUCUGGCUUUAGUGAUAUUGCAGGUCCUCUUCAUCGUCUGACGCAAAAAGGUGUCCGCUUUGAUUGGGACAAGAACUGUCAACGAGCGUUCGAACAACUGAAAGAACAACUUAUAUCUGCCCCUGUUUUGGCAUUUCCUGACUUAAAUGGAGACUAUAUAUUGUAUACGGAUGCGAGUGAUGUGGGCAUAGGCGCAGUGCUGACCCAAAAGGAUGAAAAUGAGGAAGAAAAAGUGGUUUCUUUUGCAUCUAAGGCAUUUUCGGGUGCUGAAAAGAACUGGACAACAACAGAAAAGGAAGCAUUUGCAGUGGUCUGGGCUUUACAAUACUUUCACCCAUAUGUAUAUGGGAGAAAGGUCACCAUAUAUACUGAUCAUAAGGCUUUGAAAUGGCUUCGAGACAUCAAACAUCCAAAUGGUAAAUUAGCUCGUUGGAUCUUAAAAUUGGAAGAAUAUGACUAUACGAUAGAACACCUACCUAACACGAAAAUGCAGCAUGCGGAUGCCUUGUCUCGUGCACCUGUGAACACUAUCUUGGUUUCAAUGUCAACCUGGCAAGAGUUUGAAGUCAUGCAAACGUUCGACGAGGAUAUUCAGUUGGUUGAUGUGAGUGUAACUCUAGAUACAUUAUACAAGAAUUUUGAUUCAUUGGUUGUCAAAAAUCAUGUCUUAUGUCGAAAGUGGACUGAUAAAACAGCAAAGGAACGAGAGCAAAUUGUGGUACCUACCUAUCUAACUCCUAACAUACUGGAAGAAGCCCACUGUCAAGUUGGACAUUUAGGUGUUGCAAAAACGUUUGAGAUGAUUCAACGGAAGUUUUAUUGGCCUGGAUUCUUUAAAGCUGUUGAAGAAUUUUGUAGAAAUUGUGAAGUUUGUUCCAAAAAUAAAGCAGUACCUAGGCCGCGGAGUCCGAUGAAGCCAAUCGAAGUGAUACCCAUACCAUUUUAUAUGAUUGGUGUAGACAUUAUUGGUCCAUUAAAAACAACUAGUAGAGGAAACAAAUACAUUUUGUCAGUCGUUGAUUACUACACAAAGUACGCAGAGGCAGUAGCAUUGCCAAAUCAAGAAGCAGUUACAGUUGCGAGAGCCCUGGAAGACAUCUUUGCUAGACAUGGAAUGCCCUCAGUCCUACUAACAGAUCAAGGCAGUAAUUUUGAGUCCAAAGUGAUUGCAAGUCUAUGUGAAAUGUUUGGAAUUGAAAAGAGACGGACUACAGCCUACCAUCCCCAAACAGACGGGUUGUGCGAGCGGUUUAAUGGUAUUUUGAAAUCCUUGUUGAGAAUGAGAGUAAACAAAGAGAAAAAUGAUUGGGACGAGCAGCUGCCACAUGCGUUACUGGCUUAUCGGGUUAGUACGCAAUCCUCUACGGGUGUGACACCAUUCGAAAUGUUAUAUGGUAGAGAAGUGAGAUUGCCAUUUGGAACGGAUCAAGAAAAACUGGUAUCUAGCCCAACACAUGGUCCAGCCAAAUACGUUGAAGAGUUAAAGAAGAGACAAGAUAUUCUCCGGAAAUUGGUUACUAAAAGGAUCGAGAAAGCGCAAGAGAAGCAGAAACGUAGUUAUGAUUUACGGUAUCGAGCACAACAAAACAAGCGGUUUUACAUGGGGGACACUGUUCUAUUAAAGAAUUUUCGAGCGCGAGGUUUAGAUGAAAAGUAUACGGGUCCUUACAUCAUUGUUAACAUUCGAGAGAACGAUUGCGAGAUAGAGUCAUUGGAAAGCAGAAAACGUAAAGUUGUAAAUGCGAAUAAUCUAAGACGGUUUGUCGUAGAAACAGUUGCUAAUCCAUUGGGUGAGGAAUCGGAAGACAUGCUAAGUUCUGAUUCGGAUGAGUCUACGAUUGAACUUAUUAAUGAGCGUGCUGGAGUACGUUUAGCACCACGUGGAAUCGAUGAUCAAGCAGAACCAUUAAAUUUAUGUUAUAACUUAAGACAGAAUCGAAGACAACCCGAUCGUUAUGGAGUACCUGUGUUGGAUUAUUGA